GCGAUUACAAUUUGUAGGUCGUCUGAGGAUGCCCGUGCUGAGCCCGUUGGAAUUUCGUGAUUGUGUUGUGGAUAGUCCAAACUUUAGAAAAGCUUUGUCAGACCAUGAGGCUGACCUAAAAACGGCAAACAGGAAAGUUAAAAAUGUAUUGGUGAACACCAGAAGAGUUUUUGAAGCUAUGGAGAAUUUGAAUCAAGCCUUUCUCGAUUAUGCUGAAUCAUUGAAUGACUUUUCAGCUUAUGCACAUGAAUCCACGUGUAUUUCACAGACAACAGAAAAUGAACUGUGUGAAACUGAUGAUGAUAGAACAAUUAAAAAUGCGCUAUCUGUCUAUGCAACCAUCAUUAAAAAUGUUGAAGAAGCUAGACGGACAAUGAUUCAACCGAAUAAAGAGGUCGUUUUGAAUGAGCUUGCAGAGUUACGAUCUAUGUGGUUGGGAGGUCAAAAUACUAAUGCAAAAGUAUUUCAGAAAGAAACAAAGAAUUUCUGUCAAUAUCUUGAAAAGUAUACCUCAAUCAAAUCUAAAGAAUACACAGAAGAUAAUGAUGCAAAAAUGAUUCAAGAGCGUAAAAAUUAUAUCAGUAAAGCAUUUGAAUAUAUUUCGAAUAUAAAUGAAGCGCAUGAAUUGAAGAAAUCGAAAUUUGUUCAGACAAUAAGCUUGAUAAUGCGAAUGCUGUCAAAUUUCUAUCAUCAAGCAUUUGAACAAUUCAAAGAUUCAUCACAUCAAAUUAGUCAGAUACUACAAGCAGCACAACGUUCCAGUGAAAACUAUGAACAAAUCAGUGUAGAAACAAAAACGCUGACUGAAAAACUGCUCAACACACCUUGGGAACAGAUACAGUCAACUAAUUCAACGAAUACACGUGAAGGAUAUGUAUUUGUAGCUACAAAAAAAGCUGUUGUAACAGUUUGGACAAAAAAUUUCUGUACAUACAAUCGUAACAGUAAGAUAUUAAAACUUACCCCGUACACUCAAUAUCAAGAUGCAGAUAAUAACACUGAAACGUUGAAUGUGUUAUCGUGUAGACGACGGUCGAAUGAUUCAAUUGAUCGACGCUGGUGUUUCGAUAUUGAAGUACCUAAAAGAAGUAGUCCAAUCACCCUACAGGCACAGUGUUUAGAUGAUCUACACGAAUGGCUAUUGGUAAUGGAUGGAAAAGAACCGAUUUACGAUGAUAGAAGAGUUUGUGUUCAAGAACCAGAUGCAAUUGAUAUAAAUGAAAAAAGUUAUGAAUUUCUGCGUAAUCUUAUUCAAGCCAUUGAAAAAAAUGGUAUUCAGACUGAAGGGAUAUACAGGACGUGUGGAGUGAAGUCUAAAGUUUCUGGACUAAUUAAACAAGCUUUGUCUUCGACGGGUACAUCGAAGACAACUUUGUUAAAUUAUGAAUUAUGCGUUCUGACUGGUGCAUUGAAACAUUUCAUUCGACAGUUGGAAACACCAAUUAUGACAUUUCAAUUACACGAUUCAUUUAUGUCUGCAAUGAAACGUGAUCAUGCCUAUCGAUUAUCAGAACUUAGUGCAUUAUUGAAGCUGUUACCACCAGAAAAUCAAAGAAUUUUAGACUUACUCAUUGGACAUUUAUCAAGAGUUGCCUCGAACAGUCAUUUGAAUCAUAUGAAUCCAAGUAAUUUGGGCAUUGUGUUCGCACCAUCAUUAUUUCGUUCACGUGAAGAAUCUGUAGCAGCGAUUAUGUCGACGAAAUUUGCUUCCACCGCUGUCGAAUUGAUGAUUGUCAACUAUGCAAGUCUAUUUCCUAUUCACUCGUCUAAUAUAAUAGCACCGGUGCAUAAUUCAACUUCAUCAAUGACUACACCGAAUGGAACAUCUACUACUUCUACUACAUAUACUACUAACAACUAUUGUCCUGUGAGUAGUAGUAGUAGUGUGUUGACAACAACCAGUCAGUGUUGCAGUCAUGCAAUAGCGAAUGGUGAAAAUAUCAUAGAACCUGUUUAUACUACCCCAGUUAUUGGUAACGGUCAUUUACCCACGUAAAUCCUUCAGUUCAUUUGACCGUGACGCAAUCAUUUAAAAAACCGCCACCGCCUCCUCCACCAUCCACAAUAGCUCCAUUUUCAUCAUCUCACCAACAACAACAACAAAAACAAGCUUGUAUAAAUGUGACUCCUCGUAAAAUGUCAUUAUCAUCAUCAUCAAAACUUCCUUCAGUACUACAAAAAGCUUCCUCUACGCCUUCUGUUACUCCUACUCCUCCUACUACUACGACGACUGCUGCCACAGCUGCUGUUGCUGUUGUUCCCCCUUCUACUAAUACCACCUCUUCAUUAUCCUUUGAAAGUCACCCGCCAUCUUUAGGUGAAUAUUUUGAUAAAGAAAAUGAAACUGCUGAUGAUUCUUUGAGUUUGUUAGCUGAUGAAUUUAGUAGGUCAACUACAUCUUCUAUGAAUACUGAUUACUGACUCAUACACAAUUGGAGAGAGAGAGAUAUCAAUGGAGUGGAGUGGAAACAGGUUGCAAAAAGUUAAAAGCAAACCUUCUUUAUUGCAUCACAUCUCUUUAUUAUUAUUAUUGCUACUACUAAUUGGAGUACACUUUUUGUAUAAAGUACAAAAAAACCGAAUUGCUUAUUAUUACUACUGACAAUAUUGAUAGUAGUAUAAAUACAGCUGACAAAAGUUUCUUCCUCUAUGAGCAAUUCUACUAGUCAACCAGACUCGUUUUUUUAUUGAAAUCUCCUUGUUUGAGUUCUUUUUGUAAAUAAUAUACAUUGAUCUAGUGCACCAAGUCACGAGUGAUGAAGAUAGCCACUAGAAAUUUAUGAUAUCAUGUAUCCUAGCCUUAUUAUUAUUAUUACGUAAUCAGCCUUGUCGCAUACUGAUUUUAUCCCUGCUGUUGAACAAGUCUUCCAUAUAUCUUUACUAUUGUUUGUUAUUAUUCCUCAUUUGUUCAUUGAUUCAUUCAUUCAUUCACUCAGAAAGUGUUUCUACACUGUCUAACUGCUUUAUUGUGUAAACGUUUUGUUUUACCGCACUGUUUGUUCAAUUGUUCAAUUGUUGUAAGGCGUAUCAGUUUCGAAUCUAUUGGCCUUUAAUUUUUUAUUUUGUUUGAUGAUGUGUUCUACUGUAAAUAAAUAAAUAAAGAGAUGAAUGAAUCG